UUUGCUUGGUCCAAUCAUGAUUGGUGACUUCAGCUAUUGGCUCCGAGCACUGGCUGUCUGACUCCAUCUGCAGGGCUGUAAUACCUACUCUCCUCCGAUCCAUUCACCACACAACUUCAGCCGGCUGAACAGACUCGCACGGCUCCAGCACAUCUUGCUAACCUAAUUCAGAAAACAAGCGCUACUGCUCUCUGCCUGUCAUCUUCGCUCAGUCUAGCAUUUUUCAGGUGAUCUAGGAAACUGGGUUAUUUUUAUGAGCAAAUAAGAGAAAUAGGAAUCAUGAUGGAGAUGUAUUUUGCAGACCCAGUACUGGAUAAAACUUAAAGCCAGUUUCUAUUCAACAUAGUGAAAAGGUCACCUUGUCCGGCUGAGAAAAGAAGCAAAAUAACAGCUUGUUGGUUUCUGUUAACAUCUUGGCUCGUGCCAGCCUCUGUCCCUCGAUGUGCGCACCAGUUUGGGAUAUCUAGCUGUAAAGAGAGACAUACUGUACUCAUGGUAGAUGACAAGGAAAAGAACAUGAAAUGUCUCACCUUCUUCUUGAUGCUUCCAGAGACGGUAAAGAAUAGGUCCAAGAAAAGCUCAAAGAAGACAAAUACUGGCGGUGGCGGCGGCGGCAGCAGCAGCAGCAGCAGCAGCAACAGCAACAGCAAGUUGCCCCCAGUUUGUUAUGAAAUAAUUACCUUGAAGACUAAGAAGAAGAAGAAGAUGGCUGCUGAUAUAUUCCCUCGUAAAAAACCAGCCAACUCCAGCAGCACCACUGUCCAACAGUACCACCAGCAGAAUCUCAGUAACAACAACCUCAUUCCAGCCCCAAACUGGCAGGGUCUCUAUCCCACCAUUAGAGAAAGAAAUGCGGUGAUGUUCAAUAAUGAUUUGAUGGCAGAUGUACAUUUUGUGGUUGGGCCACCAGGUGGGACUCAGCGGUUGCCAGGACACAAAUAUGUUUUAGCUGUUGGGAGCUCUGUGUUCCAUGCAAUGUUUUACGGAGAACUUGCUGAGGACAAAGAUGAAAUCCGUAUACCAGAUGUCGAACCUGCUGCUUUUCUCGCUAUGCUGAAAUAUAUCUAUUGUGAUGAAAUUGACUUGGCUGCUGACACAGUGCUGGCCACUCUUUACGCUGCCAAAAAGUACAUUGUCCCUCACCUCGCCAGAGCCUGCGUUAAUUUCCUGGAGACCAGCCUGAGCGCCAAGAACGCCUGUGUGCUCCUCUCCCAGAGCUGUCUGUUUGAGGAGCCAGACCUGACCCAGCGUUGCUGGGAGGUGAUCGAUGCCCAGGCCGAGUUAGCUCUCAAGUCUGAGGGAUUCUGCGAUAUCGACUUCCAAACUCUAGAAAGUAUCCUCCGCAGGGAAACUCUGAAUGCCAAAGAAAUUGUGGUUUUUGAGGCAGCACUCAACUGGGCCGAAGUGGAAUGCCAGCGACAAGAUCUGGCUCUGAGCAUUGAGAAUAAGCGCAAGGUCCUGGGAAAGGCACUCUACUUGAUCCGCAUCCCCACGAUGGCCCUGGAUGAUUUUGCAAAUGGUGCUGCCCAGUCUGGAGUUCUGACUCUCAAUGAGACCAAUGACAUUUUCCUCUGGUACACUGCAGCCAAAAAACCCGAGCUGCAGUUUGUGAGUAAAGCCCGCAAGGGCCUCGUCCCCCAGCGCUGUCACCGUUUUCAGUCCUGUGCCUAUCGGAGCAACCAGUGGCGUUACCGGGGCCGCUGUGACAGCAUCCAGUUUGCGGUUGAUAAGAGAGUGUUCAUUGCCGGCUUUGGGCUCUACGGCUCCAGCUGCGGCUCUGCAGAGUACAGCGCCAAGAUCGAACUCAAGCGGCAGGGCGUCGUUCUGGGGCAGAACUUGAGCAAGUACUUCUCAGAUGGCUCCAGCAACACCUUCCCUGUGUGGUUCGAGUACCCGGUGCAGAUUGAGCCGGACACCUUCUACACAGCCAGCGUGAUACUGGACGGCAAUGAACUCAGCUACUUCGGACAGGAAGGCAUGACGGAAGUUCAGUGUGGCAAGGUGACUGUCCAGUUCCAGUGCUCCUCGGAUAGCACCAAUGGCACUGGGGUGCAGGGCGGGCAGAUCCCUGAACUCAUAUUCUAUGCUUGAAAACCCCUCCCGAAGCGGUGUGAGCUCUGAGGUGCACAUCUGGUUCCCACUUGCUUGAUGCUUAGCUCAUCUGCAGAGAUGUGAUCAGCGCAGGUAAUUCGUAAUGAAUGAAGCUAUAGGCAGUUUCUCAUUUCUUUCAACCUUUUAAUUAUGUACAGGCAAAAGCGCGGCAUUCAGCUUCUAACUAUAUGCUUAAAAGAGCCAAGUUCUUAUCAAGACUUUGUGGUUUUUAGAGUUCGUCUAUACACCUGGAGAGAAUUUGUGCUCUUUUCCAACUGCCCCACUGACCUCCCAGUUUUGUCCCUCUUAAAACUUUCUAGAUCACCUUGAAUUUCCUUUAGGGUUUUAUUUUUGACAAAUAGAAAUAAAGACUUUAAAAUGAUAAUCAAAAGAGUUAUUUUUAAAGAGAACCCUUAUCCCCCCCGCCCCCGCAAAUUACAGGUAAACCUCAGUGCACAAUUUUGAAAGAAGUUUUCCUUCGUAAUAAGUAAUAAUUUAGAAAGUAGGCAAUAGUUAUGUUUAGCUCUUAUUUUACUUCAUUUUAAAUAUUUUACUCUGGGCAUUAUUUUUUUCUUAAAUCCUAAAUUCAUACGGUUGUUAAAUGUUAAACACUGCAAAGUAUCCAUGUAAAAUAGGAGAACAGGAAAUUGGAUAUUUGCUUAGGCUAUGACUUAUACUACAACCAGGUUCUUAUUCUUUUAGUUUAGGAGACAAGCCUGCAAUACAGACACGUCUUUUAGAACUAACUAAAUUACACAUUUUUAUUGUCAAUAGGGAAAAAUCACAGGCCUAUUAAUUUAAACUAAAACAGCUUAUAAAGGAAACCUUAAAAAGUCCCAUUCUACCAAUAGUUUAUUCAAUGGCAUAAUAGAAUACACGUUUGAAAAAGCCAGUCUUUUCCCCACUUUGCUUCUGAUCCCCACUGUUUGCUUGUUUUUAUGUUAUACUGUAUGGAAUCUUUAAUCCCUUUUUCCCAUGAAAAGAGGACCAAACAAUUCUUCAGAUGUAUGGAAUAACCACUAGUUUUGUAGCACUACACGUUAAUAUAAUAAGAUACUUUUAUUCAUUGAUUUUUCUUUUAUUUUAAUUCCAAAAUACACUUUACCUGAUCUGCUUUGACCACAUACUAUCUUCUUCGUUACUUAUAGUUAUGUCCUGUUCCUAGACUGCUAGAAUUUGGCCUUUGGCCAUUGUAAAGUGCCAAUAUACGCCUGCAGGGUUUUUAAAAAAAAAAAAAAAAAAAAGUCUGGAGCGAUACACUUGAUGGUGCCUAAUAUUCACUGCAUCAGCAUCACAUCCAGCCCUCUUAUUUGUACAUGGUUCGUGCAAACAAAGGAGGGAAAAGCUCAUCUCAAAAUUCUCCUUCAGUGAUGGCUUGUGAUGGUUUAGUGCCUGUGACCCUGGUAGUGUCCAAUUUGUUCACUUCCAGUUAAAGUAUCCAUGUGUUUCUGGGCAGUUUUUCUGCUCACUGUGAUCCUGAGAUGGCUUCCCCCACCACCCAGAGUGUGGUCCCUGGCCACCUCCUUCUCCUGCUCUGCAGGUCCCUAGCUGACUUGUCUGGAGCCAGGGGUUAGUCCUGGGGUGGGCGGGUGUGUGCGCGUUGUGGGCGUCUGUGCACGUCCAUGUGCAUGCAAGUGUGUUUGCCGACUCAGGAAUUGUCUCCUCCCUGCCUGGCCAGUAAGAGGUGGGACAGAAAUGGUCCCCCUGCUGGACCUAGCAAGGCCCUGGGAAGUGACUACCCUUAACUGAUUCACUGUGCUUCUGGGCCACCUUUUCCCCCAUAGACUUGGGCUUGUUGCUUUUGGCCAGCUUCCCUGGUGGAGGAGAACACUGGAUUAUGGGAAAUGUAUUAAUCAUGUUUGCCAUUACCUAUGGCUGUUAGCAUAGGUGAUCAAAAGCUGUUACUGGUGAUUAUAGAUGAGUACUCCCAGGACAACUUUCCAAAAUUACCUAACAAUUAUUUCUUGUUAGGAAGAUGACAGAGAGUAGUUAUGGCAAAGUAUCUAUGAAAUAAAGGUUAUGUUUUCAAUUUAAAAAAUACUUCUAUAAAGGAUUUUGCUUUUAAAUUAUGAUUAAACAUUUCAGUAACUCAUAGCUACCAUGCAAAUUGGUAGGCUGUAUACCUGGUUAGAAGGCACUCAUUUUUAAGCCAGAGGAGAAGAAACUUGAUUUAGCACUAAUGUCAUCAUCUCAGAUUGUUGAAGUGGGUGUGUUGAGUGAAGAUUGUUCAAUCGGUAACAUUCACUGUCAGUGUUCUUGUUAGCAAGAUGCCCUCCACGUGGGUAGGGAACUGCUGUGGGGGGAAAGCUGAAGGAGAUCCUGUACACUGGGGGUAUGAGAGCUUGGUUUUAUGUUAAUUACCAUUAGCUAAAAAAGAAAAGACACAUCUACCACCUGAUUGGCUGGUGCUGAGAGCUGUGGGUUAAAUUUGAAAACUGUAUUUAGAAUAAGAAAUUUUGUAUUUUAAAUCCUAUUCUCCCUUUUGCAUUUUCAACAACAUGGAAUGAAAGCUAAUGUGCUUGCUUUAUUUUCUUCGGUAAUCUCGAAUUUUGUAGCUUUUAAAACUAGAAACCAUUGUUCUGACAAGGCAGGCAACUCUUGUGUAUAAACACAACUUUAUUAAACAGAAUAUUCUGUAGAUGCUUUUCCCAAUAUAUCUGGCAGUCUUUGUUGUUGUUCAUACUGGGGAUAAAGGGGAACUAGGCUAGCGGUUCUAAUGUAACAUUCUUUAAGCAUAUCUUAAUAUAGUAUUUAAGUAAAUGGUCUAAUUUCUACAUAAUUAUUGCACUGAACUGUCUUUUUUUUUUUUUUUUAAGGUGUUAAAAUAAGCUCGGCUAAUUCAAGACACUGGUCACUUGUGCAUCAGAGUGCUUGAAUUUAGUAGCUUACAGCAUUAUUUAUGAAGGAAAAAUAUAUAAAUAUGAAGUACCUCAUGUUGAAUGUUAUUGUACUGUAUUUUUAAUGUAACAGUGCAGAUCUUGUUAGACACAUGAAUGUGUAUAAUCAUGUUAAAAGCAAAUAAAAAUAAAAUUGGUUCAUAGAUUUGUUUUCCUUAGCAUUUUUGUAGGUCCCUUGAAACAGUAAAAAAUCCAUUCUGGCACUUUUGGUGCCACUACAUUUUACAGAGAUGGUUUUGCAGGAGUAUUUGUUUGCUAAGUAUUCACAUAUCUUUGAUCCCUAAAGAUGUAAAAAUUUGAGGCAAAAGCAUAAGAGAACAAUGAAUAUGUUAAUCAAUUGCAUUGUUCAAAGCCUGACUGUGACUUUAAUGAGAGGAAGUGAAUGGGUGCGUUUAUAUUCCCUAUAUGGAACCCAUGCUUUGCUGGCAUUCUGAUGCUAUAGUUGCUCACAUGUCUGUGGAUCUGGCUGUACUAAGGGGGUGUGGAUACAUCCAGCUUUAGAUGUAACCCGUGCUGCUUGUUCCUGCUGUGUUAUAAUAGCUUAAGUCUCUGAAUGAAAAAAAUAAAUAUCUUAUGGGAAUUUUGAAUAUAA